GUUACGACUGCUACGAGCCCACUACACGGACGUCGGACAGUCAACAACUCAUGAACCCAACAACCUUCGAAUUUUUUCAUUUAAAUCACAAAUCUGCGAUUUUGUAAUAAGUGAAAUGGCUACCAUCAGUACUAUUUAAAUGAAUCAUCUAACGAUAAUCAAAGCAGUGUAUUUUCUUCCUUAAAAUAUUGUUUUCUGGUCGUUACAAAAAUAAAAGGAAAAUGUCUCUCUGGGCUAAGGCACAACAGCUCCCUCCAGAGAGUAUGCAACAAAUCCAUGCCAUCUAUGGAGAUCACUUCCCAAUUGAAGUCAGGCAUUAUUUAGCCCAAUACAUAGAGGAUAAAUUUUGGUCUGAACUGGAACCCGAACCAGAAAAUCCACAACAUGAACAUUAUGUCGCAGGACUUGUUAGCUCCUUGAUUCAAGAAAUUGAAAAUAAAGCCUCUAUUGUUAAUGGCCCAGAAUUUUUUUUGACAAAACUGAAAUUGGCGGAGGCUGCAAAAAUGUUCCGUCUAAGAUACAGUGCAAACCCAAUGCAACUCUUCACAUAUAUUCGACAAUGCCUUUCUACAGAAUUCGGUAUGAUUCAGCAGGUCAGUGGUGAAAUAGUUCCUGGUCUAUCAAUGAAAAAUUCUGGAGCUGAAACUUUGCAUAAAAUUGAUAUAUUAAAGAGGAGAACUCAGGAUACAUCUACUGAUUUGAGAAGAAUGGAGGAAGACCAAGAGGCAUUUGCUAUUCAAUACCAUGAAUGUACUAAAAUAAAUGCACAUUUGCAACAAUUGAGUAGUCAACCAAAUAAUCCGACAACUGCUCAAAAUAUCCAAAAAUUAACUAGGCAGAAGGAAACAUUGGAACAAGGGCUUAAUCAAAGAGUGGCCGGUUUGAUGCAAUUACGUUUAGCUUUAAGUGAUAAGUUGAAAGAAACUGUUCAAUUGUUGAAUCAACUGCAAACACAUGUGCUUGACGAGGAAUUAAUCAGGUGGAAAAGAGAACAACAGCUUGCUGGGAAUGGAGUAACUUUUAAUAGCAAUUUGGAUACAAUCCAGGAAUGGUGUGAAGCAUUAGCUGAGCUGAUAUGGCUGAAUCGUCAGCAGAUCAAGGAAGCUGAAAGAUUGAAAGCUAAGCUGGCUCUGGAUCCUCUUGGCGUACCUGAUGUUUUACCUCAACUUCUUGCCGACAUAACUCAGUUAUUAUCGUCUUUAGUAACAUCUACUUUCAUUAUCGAAAAGCAACCACCACAGGUUAUGAAGACUAAUACAAGAUUUACCGCAACUGUCAGAUUACUUGUAGGGGGAAAACUAAAUGUCCACAUGACUCCACCACAAGUGAAAGUUACAAUUAUAUCUGAAGCCCAAGCUAAUCUGCUACUAAAAAAUGAUAAAUUGAGCAAAAGUGGAGAGUCGAGUGGGGAAAUCCUGAACAAUACAGGUACAAUGGAGUAUCAACAGGCAACAAGACAAUUGUCUGUGAGCUUCAGAAAUAUGCAGUUGAAGAAAAUCAAGAGGGCCGAGAAAAAAGGAACAGAAAGUGUUAUGGAUGAAAAAUUUUCACUGCUUUUUCAGUCUCAUUUUAAUGUUGGAGGAGGAGAGCUUAUGUUCCAAGUAUGGACUUUGAGUUUGCCUGUUGUAGUAAUAGUACAUGGUAAUCAGGAACCUCACGCAUGGGCUACUGUCACUUGGGAUAAUGCUUUUAGCGAAGCAGGCAGAGUUCCAUUUGCAGUUCCAGACAAAGUGCAGUGGAACAAAGUUGCCGAAACUCUUUCAUUGAAAUUCAGAGCAGCUACUGGCCGUCCACUCACAGAGGACAAUCUUCGAUUCUUGGCAGAAAAAGCUUUCAGGGGAAGUUACAGUGAAUCCCAAAAUCCCAUGUUGACUUGGGCUCAGUUCUGUAAAGAACCAUUGUCUGAGAGAAAUUUCACUUUUUGGGAAUGGUUUUAUGCAAUAAUGAAGCUCACCAGGGAACAUUUGAGAGGCCCUUGGGUAGAUGGUUUGAUAAUGGGCUUUGUCAGAAAGAAACAAGCUGAAGAAAUGCUAUUAAAUUGCGCGGCCGGCACUUUUCUCCUUAGAUUCUCUGACAGUGAGUUAGGAGGAAUUACUAUUGCUUGGAUUUCAGAUAAUGGUGAAGUUUUCAGUCUACAACCUUUCACAGCUAAAGAUUUUGCUAUAAGAACACUAGGGGACAGAAUAUCAGAUUUGAGUCACUUGGUGUGUCUAUACCCUGAUAUCGCAAAAGACAUUUCUUUCCAGAAAUACUACACACCUUAUCAGAGCAGUGAACAAACUUCAAUUAAUGGUUAUGUCAAGCCAGUAUUGAAAACGCACUUACCUGGGUGGAGUGAUAAUAGUUAUCCAAAUACUCCACAUCAUCCUUUCAUGCAGUCUCCUGACCCUUCCAGAGAUACGCCAUCUGUGGCUAGUAGUUUCAAGAUUUCAUUAUCACCAACUCCAUCAUUCCAUUCCUUGAGCAAUUGAUUGAAAUAAAAAAAAAUGUAUGGUGAAAUAUCUCUUUGAAAUGCAAAAUUUGUUGUCUGAUUAUAUUUAAAUGUAUUUAUAUAUAUUUGAAAAAACAUUAUUUCUGUUUAUAUUUUUUUCUCUAAAAAAAUAUUUACAAUUUUUUGUUUGGAUUUUAUGGGUAUUUGUGUUUAAAUAUUGAAGGGAUGACAAAUAUAACAAAAUACAGGUUAUAAGAGUAAAAAGUAAAUAAGUAAUCCAAAUACUGGAAGUAUUGAAAAUAAUUUAAACUCAAUUCAAAAUUCUUCAUCAAGUUGGUUUAUCUGUUCUUUCUACCAUUGGUUUUUUUGACUUUUACAAAACUCCUAAGAAAAAUGUAAACAGUAAAAUAGGGAGAAAUACUUUUAUUAGAAAUUCCUAUUGAUGUUUUUCAUUGUUUGUUAAAAUGUGUAAUCUUUAUUCUACUUACUAUCAAAUAAAUAUUUAGAAAAUUUUGAAUAUCCAUUGAAGGUAGUAGUUACUUAGUGCAGCUUCAAUUAAAUUACUGGAAGUAUUGAGGCAAUAUGUUGUCUUUGAUAAACAAGAAUACUUAAAUAUUCAGGCAACCUAUGUUCUAUAAUAGUUUGAAGUUCAUGCGAGUUGAGAUAUUUCCCCAGACAUAAUAUUUUUGUUAUUUCACUCAAUUGAAAAUUUGUGGUAAUAAUGCAUGCUGCAAUCAGACAUAACCAGACACAUUUGCAACAAAACAUUUUAUUAUUUGUUCAAUCUUCAAUGAUUCACUAUUUCAUGCCAUGUUUUGCUUUUGGUUGGUCUGAGUUGCAGUAUGUCAUGUCUGGUUAUAUCUGUGCAGCUAUGCUGGUUCGAUUGCCACAACUGCCACAUGUACAGCUGGAAUGGACUACCUUGAUUCAUUUGACGAGAACAGCAUUGAUAUAAAUAAUCUGGUCAAUCUGAAUGAGCUGAUGCAAGCUUAUAAGCAAUAAACAUAAACCAACAAGAGAAGAUCACAAGAUGGAGCUGCAGAUAAAGGUUUUUUUGUCAUGAAGUUUGAGAUCUCUGUCAAAAUGAAUUAUUAAUUGUGAAGAACGAUUUCUUUUUCUACAAUUGUCAAAUAUGUCUAAAUCAGAAACAAAAUUCAUUUUGAAUGCUAGAAAUAGUUUUCUUGAUAAAAAAUGCAAUCUAAUAAUUCCUAUGGCUUGGAUUUUGAAUACUUUUCAUAUCCUAAAAAGAAUCUUAAGUUCUUUGCAAAAUAUCACCAGUUUUCACUGUAGUGCAAAUUUUAUGUAUGUAAAAAGCACACCUUCGUCUUAAGAUACAAAUCUAUUUCAUUAAUGUGAUUUUUGAAAUAUCGACUAAAUUUGUGUGCUUGUCUGUUGCCUAGUUAUCUAAGCAUAAAACUUGUUUUUGCAAAUUACAAUACAUAUUUUGACUUGGAACACAUGAAUUGGUGUAUAUGUGCCAUAAUCUUGAAGAACAUAGUGCAAUCAAUGGUUUUUAAUUGUUUAAGUUUUGCAAUAGGCAUUUAUUUGAAUACUUCAUUGGUACUACCAUUUAUCAAAUGGUGGGUUAUAUCUUUUAAAAAGAUUUUACCAGGUUUAUUUUCACACUAACCAAUAUAACUUAAUAUUAUAUAUUGUCAAUGUACAAUUUAUUUUUGAAUAUCUGUGAGUACAAAAAAAUUUGUUUUUAUAUUUACAGAAUUUGGGAUUUUAAUUCUAUUGAAUAACAUUUGCUCAUAUUUUAUUUUCAUUAUCUCCUAUGGUGCUUCUUUUAUUGUAGCUUUAAAAUAGUUUAAGAAAAUAAUGAUUGAUUACUAUCAGCACAGCAAUUAGACAAUCUUCAAUAUUUUACUAUUGUGAUGAAAUUUUUCAUUGGGAUUUUAGACCAAAAUUAUUGUAAACCAAAACCGUCCUAGAAAUAUACCCUAUGAUUCCCUUUCUCCCCUAUUGGAAUUAUAUGUUGAAUUUAGGAAUUUAAAAAAAAUUAACUAAGUAGUGUUAAUCCAAAACUAAUGUUAUUAUAUAUAAUGAUUGAAAAAAUUUGUUUUCUUUGUUAGAGCUUUUUUAUAGAAAAUCCCGGUGCCUCUUGUUGUGGAAUUUCAAAAUUGAUUAUUUUUAAAUUACUGAAGUCGGUGAUUGCUUUCCUUAAAAAUUUAAAAACUAUUCUUUCUAUGCGAUGCAAAACAGUGAGAUUUUAUAUUCUUCGGAAACUAAAUUCAAUUAUAGCAAAAAUUUUAUACUUGAAUCUAAUUUUUCUAGUUUCUCACAUGGCCAGUGAUAUUUUCUUAGUAAUAAUUAAAUAAUAUUAACCUGAGUAAUGAAGUGUUUCUUUGUUGUUGUUACUGAAUUUUGUUAGAUAUCUAAUUGUAUAUUGAAUAAUGUAUUUCAUGAUUUUUUUUUGUAGUAGUGGUACUAAUCAAAAAUGAGGACAAGAAUAUCAAUAUAAUCAUCAGCUAUAGAAAAAAUAUAUUAUUUAUUUCUUUUAAUGAAAUAACCAAUGUUUCAAGAUUUCUUCAUAAUAAUGAGAAAAUAUUUAUGAGUUUCUAGUUGUGGCAUUAUAAUUAUGUGUAUAUUUAAUAAUUCUUGACAUAUCAGUGAUAAAACUAAUAGUUAUUAUUAAGUGAUUCAAAUAAAUUUCUCAAUAUACGUGAAAUCACAGUGAAUAUACUUUUUUCUGAAGAAUACCUGACACUAAUGAUAUUACUAAGAAAAAAAAUACUUUUUUUCAAUUCAGGCAAUCACUCCAAAAUAUAAUAGUUAAAUAAUUGGCCAUCUGAUUUACUAAUAAUUUCGGUAUUCAAAUGAAUACAGCGAAUGAUUGUUAUUAAGAUUUUGUAGAAUGAAAUAAUACUAUGUGAUAAUUGAAAAUUGGAUAAUAAUAUGAAUGUGAACUUUUGUUUGGAAUCAAUCACUGAAAUUUGUAUAUACAUUCUUCUGCUUGUAGCAUAAUAGUCUAUAUUGUCUGUUGAGAUAUUCGCUGUUUGCUCAGUCAAUAAUUUCUGUUUUACAAUAAAACUUGAAAUGUGGUUAAAUUGAAUAAAAAAUAUAAAAUGUU